GGAACCAUGAUAGCGUGUGGUGAUUCAAGUCACAUUACCACCGCCGAGGAAUACGGUGUUAUCAUCUCUUUGGCGCCACGUCUUGAGCAUGUCCACCACUAUCAAGGAAGAGGAUAUCAUCGGCACCGACAGUGAUGGUUCUGGUUCUCAAAGAGUAGAGAUCUUUGAGCGUCCCACUGGACUGAAAGGUUUCUACUAUCAUCCAAAGACGCAAGAUGUCAUGCUUGGAUUUGUUUGUUUCUUGUGUCCUGGAAUGUUCAAUGCCCUCACUGGGUUAGGUGGUGGUGGCCAAAUCAACCCCACGGCUUCGGCCAACGCCAACUCUGCCCUUUAUUCGACAUAUGCGUUCUUUGGCUUUUUUGCUGGCUCUAUCUGCAACAAGGUUGGUAUACAACGCACUCUCUUCUUAGGUACUCUUGGCUACGCAUUAUAUGUAGGGUCAUAUCUUGCAGUAAACAUUCACCCUGGCGCAGGGAACUUUGUGGUUGCAUCGGGUGCGAUUUUGGGUGUCACCGCUGCUCUACUGUGGAGUGCUCAGGGUGCAAUAAUGAUGGGCUACCCAACCGAAUCACAGAAAGGACAGUUUGUUGGGAUCUUCUGGGCUAUCUUUAACCUUGGCGCUGUCGUUGGUUCUGCUGUCUCACUUGGCCAAAAUUUCAAGUCAACGACCAAUAGUGUCGGGAAUGGCACAUACAUCGGAUUUCUUAUAUUGACUAUAAUCGGAAUGACAGUUCCCUUUUUGAUGGUCAAUCCAGACAAAAUGAUCCGCACAGACGGUACCAAGGUCACCACUGUUCGUCAUCCCUCCUGGAAAACCGAAAUAUAUGCUCUCUGGCUGGCAAUCAAGACCGAUCCCUUGAUACUCCUUCUAUUUCCAAUGUUCUUUGCGAGCAACUACUUCUAUACAUGGCAGUUCAAUGACUACAACUCUGCACUGUUCAAUAUCCGAACACGGGCGUUAAACAACUUCGUGUACUGGCUAUCACAGAUCUUUGGAUCCAUCGCUAUUGGUUUACUUUUAGAUCAAAAACAGUUCGGCAGGCGUGUUCGCGCUUUCAUGGGUUGGACCGUGCUGCUCGUCAUGGCUUUUGUCGUCCACAUUUGGGCUUACUUCUAUCAGAGGAACUAUACACGCCAAUCUAUUCCAAACGAUGCACAGAAAAUGGACUUCAAUGCUAGUGCAUAUCCCGCUCACGUCUGGCUCAUGAUAUUUUACGGGCUAUUUGACGCCAUGUGGCAAACGACGAUAAACUGGCUUAUAGGAGCCAUGUCUAAUGAUCCUGCCAAACUUGCCAUCUACUCUGGUUUCUACCACUCUAUUCAGUCAGCCGGUGCAGCGGGCGUUUGGCGUGAAGAUGGCGUGGCGUUGCCUUACAUGAACAUCUUCCUUUCAACGUGGUGCAUCGUCGCCGCCGGUCUCAUUUUUGCAUUCCCCAUGAUUUACCUCCGAGUCAGGGACCACACGGAGCUGUCAGACGAGGCACUAGCUCAGAUAGAGCCGCGAGCCGAGGAGAAAGGAAAUGAGAUAGGAGCUUAGGGUAUAUCAUUCGAAGUUUCAGGGCUGUUCUAUAGACGCCUGGUAGCUCCGCGUCCCACUCUCUUGGAUUUGAUUUAAUCUUUGCUCUUUUUCGCGCGUUCUCAGCGGCAGAACACUAUUUGACUCAUGGCCGCGCCAAUACCAUCCCUAUCUCUGGCCACGGACCGUAUAAAGUGUUUUCUCGUUAGGAUAUGUAAUGAUAUACCGUAUGGCGUCGCCCAACCGAGCACAUUCAGUGUCGUACUAGUAUUCUAUGAGGUGUAAGGAGGCCUCAUGUUAUCAAUUUCACCUUAUUUUCUGG